AAAGGGGGUCUUAUUCGUUACGCUACUGCUAGGAGCGGCUAUAAGGUAAUUAACCUACUAAUUAUACACGUUAAUACCUUAUAUAUCCUAGAUAUUAAGUAUAAUAAGAACUCUACUUAUAAUAUUUUAUCGACCUUCGAGAGAUUAGCGCUAAAUAGUAGCUAUAUUACUAGGAUUCCAAAGGGUAUUAAG